AUGAAUAUUGAUGGAAAAUCUAAGGAUAACAUUAAGGCUCGAAUGGAUUUAGAAGCAAUGGGUAUAAGAAAAGAGUUACAUUUACAGCAAAAGGGAAAUAAAUUUCUUAUGCCACUUGCUUGUUAUACAUUACCAAAGCCUGAAAGGAGAAAGUUUUGCGAAUGGUUGCAGUCAAUCCAGUUGCCAGACGGAUAUGCUUCCAAUCUUUCUCGAUGUGUAAGUGUUCAGGACUGCAAAGUUAUGAGGAUGAAAAGCCAUGAUUAUCAUAUAUUCUUGCAACAAUUACUUCCAGCAUCAAUUUGUGGGUCUUUGCGUAGUGAGGUUUACACUGCAUUAUCAGAGUUGAGUUCUUUCUUUAAGGAGCUUUGUUCGAAGACUUUAAAAAGAUCUACAGUUAAAAAGUUGCAGAGCGAUAUCAUUUUGAUAAUAUGUAAACUUGAGAUGAUAUAUCCUCCAUCUUUUUUCGUGGCAAUGAUGCAUUUGGCAAUUCAUCUGCCACGUGAAGUAGAAUUAGGAGGCCCUGUUCACUAUAGGUGGAUGUACUAUAUUGAGAGACCUUUAGGAGCUAAAGAAUAUAAAACGUUAUCCCAUUCUGAUUUUGAAAAAUUGCAGUGGUAUGUGCUUAACAAUUGUGAGGAUGUUGAUGAAUACCUUAAGAUUCACAUUGAAGAAUUACAAAAGGAAAGUGUUAUAGAUGUGCAAAAAAGACACCAGACAGGAUUUGCCAGUUGGUUCAAGGAGUGUGUUGGACGCUUACGUGCUACUGGUUUGGUUGCAGCAACAGAUCAUAUAUAUGCGUUGGGAUUAGGUCCUGAUAUACGAAUUGCUAGGUACAGUGGGAUAAUUGUCAAUGGAGUUAGGUUUCACACAGUUGAGCGUGAUAAUUUUUGUCGGACUCAAAAUAAUGGAGUUUCAGUUACGGGAGAGCAUAAGUCGAAAGAAAUCGAGUUUUAUGGUGUGCUAACAGAUAUCAUUGACCUCCAAUAUGUUAAUGGGAAUCAUGUUAUCUUGUUUAAAUGUGAUUGGUGGGAUGUUGGCGAUAAAAAUGGAAUUAAAACAGAUGGCAACUUAGUUUCUGUUAAUGUGAGCCGUAAAUGGUAUACAGGUGAUUCUUUCGUGUUGAGUUCUCAAGUACAGCAGGUUUUUUAUGUCAGCGAUAUGAAAAAUGGAGGUCAUUGGAAAAUUGUGCAAAAAUCAUUUCACAGGAAUAUAUUUGAUGUGCCAGAAAAGGAAAAAGUGUGCACUGAAGAUUCAAUAUUGAAUGAUGAGCCCUAUCAGCAAUACGAGACAGAUAAUAGUCAUGAAGUCGAUCAAAAUGGUGGUGAAAAUUUGGAACUCUUGCAUCCUAUAGAUGUAUUACCGGAUGAAGUUGAUGUUGGUCAAAUGUUUCAAGGUAAAAACUCAAACCCGAUUUAUUCUAGCGAUGAGGAGGAUGAUACUACGAUCAAUUAUGAUGAUGCCGACACUGAUGUACUAGAAGACUCAAAUGACAGUGACAAUGAAGACGAAGACGAUGAUUAGUGACUGAAAUUUACCGCUUAUUGAACUCUUUUUGGCUUCUUGUAGCUUGUUUGAAAGUAUGAAUUUUACUGAGAGAUGCUUUUUUAUAUUGCCUUGAAUGUAGAUUGUAGAAUUUUGGUGUUUUAUGGCAGUAGUUAUGC